AUGUCAGCGCUUGAGAUUCUUCAAUUUGUUAUGGCUGUAGAUUGCUAUCCAAAUGUCUCUGUUGCCUAUCGGAUCCUCUUAAUAGUGCCUGUGACUGUAGCCUCAGCUGAAAGAAGUUUCUCUAAACUGAAACUACUGAAAAGUUAUUUGAGGUCAACUAUGUUGCAAGAUAGAUUGAAUGGCCUGGCUAUGUGCUGCAUUGAGAAGGAUAUCUUGGACAAUGUUGAUCUUGAUUGUGCCCUUAAUGACUUCACAUCAAGAAAUGCCCGAAGAAACUUUUUUUGA